CGUAUCAUUUCUGAGAAUUCGAGGGCUUGUGCAGUUUUUUAGGGGAGGUUUUUAGUCCACAAACAUGGCAAUUGGGAUCGUUUUUUUCGUCUUACUGCUAGGAGCCACAUUAACUCUCGCAGACGCCGAAUCAGACUCGUACAAUGAUGAAUGUCCUGAUAUAGCACGUGCCUUGGGUGAUGGAUGCUACGUAAGCGCCUUUGACUGCAGCGAAAUCAAGUGCGAAGAUCAAAGCCUUGGUAAUAAAGAUCUAACCUUGACAAUCAAGAUCAACAAGUGCGAUGAUCCGCCAACUGUUGAUAUAACUGUGGAAGCACUUGGCGUUUCAUGGACUCAGAACUUCAAGUCCGACCAGAGGAUUGCAGUUCCUGGUUUAUCGUUUAGCGCCCCUGGAAACUUGGGAUCGGCAGGGAUCUAUGUGAAAGUGCAACUGCAAGACACUGGAUCAAACCUGAAGCUGAAGAUUAUUCUCUUGUCUGGAGUGCAACUUCUCGAAAGUUUCGAGACGCUUACUAGUUUAACUCUAGCUGAAAGCGACCUGCCCAUAUCGACCUGGGAAUGUGGGAUCGUACGCUGGUGGGAAUCCCUAUCCACGUUCCUAAAGUUCCUGGUGGUUUGCGGUGGAUUGGUUGUCCUGGGUACCUUAGGUACAUGCUGUUGCUGCUGCUGCUGUCGUUGUUGCAGAACCAAGUCUAGCGGUUCUGUCGUAGUGAUUCCUCCGACUGCUGCUACUGUUACGUCCACCAACACCAACGUCCCAAUGCAGCCUUUUGUCAAUGAGAUCUGAUGCUGUAUUGCAUUUAUUUUUUGUUAGUAACCCCUUAAAAUAGUAACCUUUAGACCCUGACACACAAUGCAAAUGAUGCGCACAGCGUUGAUGGCGAAAUUUCUCCAAGGGAUGUCUCGCUUUGAAGAUUUUGAUCCUGCUACAAAGCUGUCAAUCAACGCAUCGUAGACACGAAUGAAAAACGUCUGCGCAUGCUCGCAGUCUUCAAAAUGCCAAAAGGUGUUUAUGUCAUUGUAAAAGUAUGCAAAUUUGAUUUUCAAACUUGCCUGACUCAUCGACUGAUGCCAAAACCUAGAUUCAGUUGUUGAAACUUAAGGGCUAAUUUUCAAAUCAGAUUGUCUCAUACAGUACGUUGGUCCCUCAUGAAGUAUACUCGCGAUGUGUUUUGUAUGUGUAAUAUAUACAGUAUGAGUGGCCGUGUUGUAUCAGAUACAGUCAAUUCAAAAAACGUUGUCGUCGACCAACUCAAGCCUACGCGACUGGACCGAAAGGAACUCUGGGUAGUAAUCAUUGAAG